AUGGGCAGUCGAGCUUACGCACUGCAAAUGGCUGAGCUGCUUGACCCUGAAAAAGAGUACUUCUUCACCUCCACCUCCAGUUCUAAAAUAACAUCGCGUGAUGAUCAUAGCUCCCCAGGACAAAAGAAGUGUCUAAAUCUUGUGCGCGGCUGUCAAAAUUUUAAUGUCUUGAUCCUCGACGAUAUAAGAAACGCAUGGACAAAGAAAAAUCAGGACAAUUUGAUAGUAAUGCAAAAGUACUAUUUCUUCAAAUCCACUUGUCAUCUCAAUAAUGUUACCGGUCAAUCUCAUGCCGAGUUAAGGACCGAUGAAAGCGGUUAUCUUGAACACAUUCUUCGGUGUCUUAAGCGAAUCCAUGAUAUCUGGACCAACAAUCCUAUCGACAUUGAUGUAAGGCAGAGGAGUUGGGAGCUAGCAACUUGUUCAUCACGAGCGGAUGCAUCAUCAGUCACGCAUGUGGUUGCAAUAAAUGCUCGAACGAAGAAUGAUCUUCUGGCACUGAAGAACAAGUUUUUGGUCUGCCCACAGUGGAUUGAAGCUGCGAGUUACUUGUGGGAAAAACAACCUGAACAUAAGUUCUCCAUCUUCAAUUAA